UUUACUCUUACACGGUGGAGCUGACUGCUGGACUGGACUCUGAACUACCCACAAGGCACUAGUUCCCUAGUUCUCCUCCAGCCUGUGUGUGAAGGAGAAGCCAGUGGCAUUGUCCCAAAGGUCUGUAUAUAAGAUGAGAGUGGGAGGAUGUUGGAUUCCUCAAUAAGGCAUCCAUUCAGUAGCUCAAGAAACCUGCUCUGAAGGCUGGCCAGGUUGAAACUGUUCAACCAGAUAUAUCUUCACUUCAGAUCUGAAGUUCCUCCAGAAGACUACUUCACCUCACCUGACCUGACCUGACUGGGACCAGCUACAAUACAGCCAUGUCUCUGCUGGUCCAUGUUCUGGCCUGCUGCUUCGGCCUGGGCUCCUGGGUGGCUGUCAACGGCCUGUGGGUGGAGCUCCCCCUCAUUGUCAACACCCUCCCCGAGGGCUGGGAGCUACCAUCCUACCUGACAGUCAUCAUCCAGCUGGCCAACCUGGGGCCUCUGCUGGUCACUGUCAUGCACAAGCUGUGUCCGGGCCGUCUGAGGGAGAGCGCUGUCAUCUACAGUGUGUUGUCCAUCGGCAUCCUGGCCUGUGUACUGUUGGCGUUCUUCUGGGAUGAGACCACGGUUGUGGCAACGGCACCACGGAGCACAGUCUUCUUUAUUCUAACCCUUUUCCUGGCCUUGGUGGAUUGUACUUCCUCUGUUACCUUCCUGCCCUUCAUGAUGCAGCUGCCAGCCCACUACAUCACCACCUACUUCAUUGGAGAGGGCCUGAGUGGCUUUAUCCCUGGUCUAGUUGCUCUUGGCCAGGGCGUCGGCAUGGCCAAGUGUGUAAAUGGCACUCAGUCCUCUGGUAACCUCACUGAAAAGGACAUGUACAUUGUCCAGACCCAGUAUCUACAGCCCAACUUUUCCACGGAGGUGUUUUUCUUCUUCUUGGCGGCGAUGAUGUGCAUCAGCCUGCUGGCGUUCUCUGCCCUCAACAGGUUCCCACGCAGCUUUGAACUGUCCACAGAGAACCUGGUUUCAGACACUGACACAGUGGCGUCGGUCUGCUUCGGUCUCGACAACCCUGGAGUGGUAACCGACGAGCAGAACUCUAACCCAAAACCCCACAGUGAGGAAUCAGGUCAGGCUAGGCCACAGCUGGCUAAACCAGGCCACUCUGUUUAUCAGUUAGCUUUUAUCUAUUUCAUGGUGGUCUGUGUGAACGGGGCAACCAACGGCCUGUUGCCCUCGGUGCAGACGUACUCCUGCAUGCCCUACGGUAACCUGGCUUAUCACCUGUCAGCGGCUCUGGCAUCCUGUGCCAACCCAGUGGCCUGUAUAGUCGCCCUGUUCUUUCCUAAAAGGUCACUAGUGUUGCUGGGUGUACUGUGUCUCCUGGGCUCAAUCUUUGGAGGAUACAACAUGGCCAUGGCCGCCAUGAGUCCAUGUCCAGUACUACAAGGCUCUGCACUGGGAGAAACCAUCAUAGUUCUGUCGUGGGUCUUCUUCACGGGGACCAUGUCCUAUGUGAGGGUAAUGGUUGGUGUCAUCCUGAGGGACGAGAGCCACAGUGCCCUGGUGUGGUGUGGAGCAGCGGCACAGACAGGCUCUCUGCUUGGCUCUGCCAUUAUGUUCCCUUUGGUCAAUGUCUGCAACCUGUUUGAGUCAGGAGACUUCUGCAACACUAGGUGCCCUUUAUGAUGAUGACUUAUACCUGAGACACUAACAUACCCACUGGUAAGUAGCCUUGUCCGAGCCAGAACGGCCCUAGGGCAGGAGUUUAUCUCUUGUUUCUGUAGUGCGAUGCAGCUUGAUGUACAAGUACACCCCCUGGACAGGAGUACCUGCUAGUACCUAUACCCACUGGGGUGAUGUGUGAAUAAUGUGGGGGUCAAGGAAAAGACAAUGACGAGACAAUGACGUAUCUGGCCUCAGAUUAGAGAUUGGACUCUAAGUAUGUCUUCAAGGGCACCCUGUGGUGAGAAAAAAAUCCACGUGGAUCAAUGGAGUAAAGCAUAAGAUUUCAAACUGUUGUUCAGUUAAUAAUUGUAUGUAUUUCUAUGCAGUAUGAUUCACAACCUACACUCAAGGGUGUUGGAGCAAUUGUUGUAAAUAUCUGCAUUAUAAACCUCAUAACCUUAUCUUAUUUCAAAUGUAUGGUUUUAAACCAUUACUUGUUGAAUAAUUGGGAAUUUAAGGAGACAAGCAGAAUCCAGAUUCAUGUUUGGUUUGUAAUUACUAAUUAUAGUGCCAUGAAAAAUGUUAUUAUUGAAUUAACCUUAGAUUUACACUGAGUGUACAAAACAUUAAGAACACCUGCUUUUUCCAUGAGAUAGACUGACCAGGUGAAUCC